AUGGAGAACGGGGAACCAUCGCGGGGCGGCCAUAGUGAACCGCAACAGAAUGGCGUCCCCAAUGCGGAAAGUAACUGGAUUCAGGAGAUUUUUCGGCAGCAGCAGAUAUCCUUACACCAGCAGCAAGAAGCAUUUUUGCACCAGCAAGAGCAGUUAAUAACCAAAGUGCUUGCGACUAUGAAUGUGCGGCAGCAAUCAGGAUCGGAGCAAAUCAUCGAUGCGUUGGCGAAUCAUGUAAAAGAGUUCCGUUAUAAUCCGGAUGAGCGUGUACUAUUUGCCGGAUGGUUUACUCGCUACGGCAGUUUGUUCGAAGAGGACGCGAAGCAGCUGGACGAAGCCGCUCGUGUGCGACUGUUGUUGCGGAAGCUUGGGAUCGUGGAACAUGAGAGAUACGUCUCACACAUACUGCCAUCGAAGCCGAGUGAUUUUGAUUUUGCGGCGACUGUUGACAAGCUGAAGAAGCUUUUUGCUUCACCGAGCUCUGAGAUGGAAAGGCGUUAUAAAUGCCUUAAUCUUGUGAAAACGAAGCUGGAGGAUUUUGUAGCAUACUCGUGUCGUGUAAAUAAGGCUGUAGUUGAAUCGGAGCUUGGCGGUUUAUCAGAAGAGGAGCUGAAAUGUUUAUUGUUUGUGUGCGGACUAAAGGAGGAAUGUUAUGCUGAUGUGCGUACUCGACUGUUAAGCCGAUUGGAGGACAAACGAGUGACUAACCUUAGUCAAAUGACUGACGAAUGCAAGAGAUUGGUGUAA